CAUUUCUAUGUAUGUACACACACUACACCCUCCUUUGUCUUCAAAGCUAUGAGUAAUGAUGAAUCACAAACACUUUCUUAAAACCACUAAACAAAAUUUAAUAACUCAACUCAGCCACAGUGUGUGUAUAUAAAAAUGAAGGAAUAGUCACAGAUCAAAUUCCCACUAUAUAAGUUGAGUCACACAUCAUAUUCCCAUCUCAUAUCACUACUCUAACUUCCUAUAAUCUCAAAUUCACUUCUCAUCAUCCCAAAAUAUAUAUUGGCACCACAAAAAAAAAAUCAUCUCCAUGAUGGUGGUUCUUAAUAUACUUUUGUUCAUACUAGUGACUUUUCUAUUUAAACUCUUGUAUGAAAACCUAUCAUGUUACUUCCUCACUCCACUGCGCAUCAAGAAAAUCAUGGAGAUGCAAGGUGUUCGGGGCCCGAGACCUAGCUUCUUCACCGGGAACAUCCUCGACAUGGCUUCCCUUGUUUCCAAAUCAACCUCACAAGACAUGAAAACUAUAAGCCAUGACAUUGUCGGUCGCCUUCUUCCUCAUUUUCUUCUCUGGUCGUCCCAAUUCGGAAAGAGGUAUAUAUAUUGGAAUGGUCCAGAGCCAAGGUUGUGUUUGACAGAAACUGAAUUGAUAAAAGAGUUUCUUUCAAAAUACAGUACAGUAUCUGGGAAAUCAUGGUUACAAAAACAGGGUUCAAAACAUUUCAUUGGAGAAGGAGUAUUGAUGGCAAAUGGUGAAAAUUGGUAUCACCAACGUCACAUUGUUGCCCCUGCAUUCAUGGGGAACAGGCUUAAGAGCUAUGCAGGGCAUAUGGUGGAAUGUACUAAAGAGAUGUUAGAAUCACUGCAAAAAGGGUUGGAGUGUGGACAAAGUGAGGUGGAGAUUGGUGAGUACAUGGCUAAACUUACUGCAGAUAUUAUCUCUAGAACUGAGUUUGGUGCAAGCUACCAAAAGGGAAGGAAAAUAUUCCAUCUCCUCACAGUUCUCCAGACUCUUUGUGCUCAAGCAAGUCGCCACCUUUGCUUUCCUGGCAGCAGGUUUUUUCCAAGCAAGUACAAUAGAGAAAUAAAGUCAUUGAAGAUGGAAGUGGAGAGAUUAUUAAUGGAAAUAAUACAAAGCAGAAAAGAUUGUGUUGAGAUUGGAAGAAGCAAUUCUUAUGGGAAUGAUUUAUUGGGUAUACUAUUGAAUGAGAUGCAAAAGAAGGAAACUAGUUUAAAUUUGCAAUUAGUGAUGGAUGAAUGCAAAACAUUUUUCUUUUCUGGUCAUGAAACAACAGCGCUUUUACUCACUUGGACAGUUAUGUUACUAGCAAGUAAUCCAUCUUGGCAAGAAAAAGUUAGAGAUGAGGUUAAAAGGGUAUGCAAUGGAGGAAUUCCCUCUUUGGAUAAACUCUCCAAGCUCAGUAUGUUACAUAUGGUAAUCAACGAGUCAUUGAGGCUCUAUCCUCCAGCAUCUGUGCUCCCUAGAAUGGCCUUUGAAGACAUAAUAUUGGGUGACCUUUACAUCCCUAAAGGGUUAUCAAUUUGGAUUCCUGUGUUGGCAAUUCAUCAUAGUGAAAAACUAUGGGGUAAAGAUGCAAAUGAAUUCAAUCCAGAGAGGUUUACUUCAAAAUCAUUCAUUCCUGGCCGUUUUUUACCAUUUGCUUUUGGCCCAAGAAAUUGUGUUGGACAAACAUUUGCCUUAAUGGAAGCUAAAAUUAUAUUAGCCAUGUUAAUCUCUCGAUUUAGCUUCACAAUUUCAGAUAAUUACCGUCACGCACCCGUGGUUGUGCUCACAAUUAAGCCCAAGCAUGGGGUUCAAAUUUGUUUGAAGCCUUUGGAGACAUGAUAUGGGACGUAGCCAAUUUUUGAGUCGUGACGCAGAUGGAUCAACUUCAAUCGAUCAAUAAAUAGUUGUGUUAGUGUAUUCAGUUAAUCUAAGGUACUAAAAAGUCGUCUCAUAUGACCCGCGUCAAUGAUCUUAAUUGUUUGAUUUUUAUCAACAAUCGAGAUCAUAAACGACAAUAAAUCUUUAGUUAUUGCUUCAAAUUUAAAUCCGGAAAAUUAGGCUUUUUAGUUUAUAAUUGAGGGAGAGGAGUCUUUUUUGUUUUUGGUCUUUUUAUGAUGCGGAGAGUGAGUUGUGACAAUCUUGACCAUGAUGAGCAUUCUUGUAACUUUUUAUUUUAUUUGCAACUUGUUUUGCAAUGAAGAAAUGGAAAUGAAACAAUGAUUGCAAGGAUUA